CGCAGCUUCACUCUCGCUUCUGUGAGGAGAUGUUAAAGUGUCCUCGCACUUUUUAACGAAAAGUGAUGGACGAUAACGGCGGGUGGAAAGAAAAAAUGCGUCCGACAACAUUUUAACCCGAGGCUUUGGGCGACUGGUGUGAACGGGACAGAUGAUGUAAAACAUGGUACCAUGUGAAUGAUUGAGGAACAUGAAGCCUACACACAAACUACUGUUCGUCCUGUGUCCCAUGCUGGUCUUGGGGUUCAUCUACUACUCUUCUGGGAAGCUCCAUUUGCACGUAUGGGGCCAGAAGCCACAUAAAGAUGUGGAUCCCACAGUAAAAAUCAUAGUUAAUAGCCAUACUACCAAACACACUGUGAGCCAAGAGGCGGUGGUGGAGGGUGCUGUCUCCGCGGGACGAAUAGUAGGCUCAGUGUUUGAUAAGCAAGGGUUCUCGGCGAAUCUGGAUGCAAAGCUGCCUCCAGAGUUGGUGUACAAGUAUGGAAACCUCAGUGAUGGAGCCUGCAAACCUGGAUAUGCUGCUGCCAAAAUGAUUGCUAUCUAUCCAAAGUUUAGUAAGCCAGCUUCCAUGUUUCUGGACCGAAACUUUAAGCGGCUUGCAAAAGUUAGCAACUAUUUACCUCCAUUUGGAUUCAAAACGCAAGAAAGAAUCAUAGAUGUUAUAUUAACUGCCACAAAUAAUUAUGGACUGGGUCCAAAUUUGGAUAGUUUGAGUUGUAAAAGAUGUAUAGUAGUAGGUAAUGGCGGCAUCCUUAGCAACAAGUCAUUGGGUUCCCGCAUCGAUGACUAUGACGUUGUGGUGAGACUCAAUGAGGCCCCAGUGAGUGGUUACACCAGAGAUGUAGGUAGUAAGACCACUCUGAGGAUAACCUAUCCCGAGGGGGCCAUCCAAAAGCCUGAGCGCUAUGAGAAGGACUCCCUCUUUGUCUUCUCUGCUUUCAAACCUCUUGACUUUAAAUGGUUGAGGCAGAUGGUCUUCAAAGAGAAACUGCAAAAAACCGAGGGCUUUUGGAAGUCUGUAGCGCGUUACGUGCCCCGGGAACCCUCAGAGAUACGGAUCCUCAACCCUUACUUCAUACAGGAGGCUGCCUUCCAGUUUAUUGGCCUUCCACAGAACAAUGGCCUCAUGGGUAAAGGGAACAUUCCAACACUGGGCACCGUCGCCAUUACUAUGGCCCUGCAUAACUGUGAUGAGGUUGCUGUUGCUGGAUUUGGCUAUGACAUGAACAAGCCUCACGCACCCUUGCACUACUACGAAACAGUCAAAAUGUCUGCCAUAAAAGAGUCAUGGACUCACAACAUCUCAAAGGAGAAGGAGUUUCUCCGCAAGUUGGUUAAGGCCAACGUCAUCACAGACUUGACAAAUGGGAUUUGAACCUCCUAAGGUGGGUGCCUUUCCCAGAGGACUAGAUAAAGAAGAGUCCUGGGAGACCCAACAUGAGGAACAGAGGUGGGAGCGACGUCUCAGUUAAGAUGCACACGUGCCUUCUAACCGUCAGGCUUCCUCUGAGCGGGACACUGAAAGGUUCUAGAAUGUCUCAGGAGACAAUCCAUAUUCCUUGUUCUAUUUCCCUCACGAAUGAAAGAUAUCAAAGACAAAAAUAGUGCUUGAGGAACAAGUUGCAACAUUAACUGAUUGUGCCAAAUGUACCUCUAUAGGAGGAGAAGGCCCUCCUCUCCUGCCUGAAUGUAUUAACGGUGUAAAUAUCAGAGAUUUUUACAGUGCAUUUUAAUCAACUGCUACGGCCCUCGGGGUUCUGCCUUCAUAAGUGAUUUUCCGUCCAGGUCACUCAGUGCAUAUCCUGCCCAUGUGUGUGUGUGUGUGUGGGGGGUGGGGGGGUGGCAGAGGCAGGUCUUUAAUUCAGCCCUUGUCCUGAGCACACGAGGCUCUUUCUCUCCUGAAUGUCAGGUUAUUGUGUUACAGCUUCUUUUGUGUAGGAAAGGAGCAAAAUCUCUUAUUUAUUUUGGUAUACAGUUGAAAGCCUUUGUUUCUUCACCCCCUUCCAAAAUUGCUUGUGUUAUAUAUUUGCACCGUAAUUCACAUUAGUUUGUUUUGUUUUUGUUUUGACUAUUUUUUUCUCCCAAUUUGGAAUGCCCAAUUCCCAAUGUGCUUUUUAAGUCCUCGUGGUCGCGUAGUGAUUCGCCUCAGUCCGGGUGGCGGAGGACGAAUCCCAGUUGCCUCCACGUCUGAGACCGUCAACCCGCGCAUCUUAUCACAUGGCUUGUUGAGUGCGUUGCCACGGAGACAUUGCGUGUAUGGAGGCUUCACGCCAUCCACCGCGGCAACCACGCUCAACUCACCACGUGCCCCACUGAGAACGAACCACAUUAUAGCGAUCACGAGGAGGUUACCCCAUGUGACUCUACCCUCCCUAGCAACCGGGCCAAUUUGUUUGCUUAGGAGACCUGGCUGGAGUCACUCAGAACGCCCUGGGAUUCGAACUAGCGAACUCCAGGGGUGAUAGCCAGCGUCUUUUACCACACACAAUUCACAUAA